AUGUCUGUUGCGGACAUACUCCCUAUUGCCGAGGGCAAUGCUGGUCUAUACCGAACAGAACAGAUGAAGGGCGCCAUCACACAGCUCUACGUUCAGGUGAUCAUGUUCCUGCGGGAAGCAACCGAAUGGUACCUAGCUGGUACAACUCAGAGAAUUCUGGAGUCGGUAUUGACGCCGUACGAUAUCAAGUUUCGGGGCAUUGAAGCUGAAAUGAAGCGUUGCGCUCAACUCAUCAACGAUAUUGCAAGCAUGGAGAGCAAUACCGAACUUCGGGCAAUCAAGACGAUUGUCAAGAGUGAAAGCGACCAGUCUCAGACCAGGUUCAAAAGGCACAUGGAGAUUCAGAGCUUGCUGGAAGAUGGGCAAAGACUGCAAUCUGCAAUGCUCGAAAGCUUGUGCUAUGACGUCAAGG